AAAGUAGAGAGAGAGAGAGAGAGAGACGCGCACACAAACAUAGAACCUCUUCUUCUCGCGAUCUGUUCUUACAUCAAACUAGUAGAAUUCUCAUCAGUAAGAUUUGUAAUUCCAGUCAAAUAGAUUUCACUUCUCACCCAUCGGCGAUUUCCCCGGAUUAGUAUCUCAUAAGAUUUUUCGAAGCUUGAUAGGAAGGAUACUGAGAAUCCUGUGUUAAUUUGGGUUUGAGCUCUAGCUAUGGCUUGCAUAAAGUCCGUAAACAGAUCGGCGUCAGUCGCCUUCGCGCCGGAAGCACCGUACCUGGCGGCGGGGACGAUGGCUGGCGCUGUGGAUCUGUCCUUCAGUUCAUCGGCGAAUCUGGAGAUCUUCAAGCUUGAUUUCCAGUCCGACGAACGUGAACUUCCUUUGGCAGGAGAGGCCGCAACUUCCGAGCGUUUCAAUCGACUUUCUUGGGGGAAGAAUCCUGGUGGAGCGGAGGAAUUCUCUCUCGGAUUAAUUGCUGGUGGAUUGGUUGAUGGCAGCAUUGGCCUCUGGAAUCCUCUAACACUGAUCAGUUCCGAGGCCAGUGAAAGUGCUCUUGUAUCACAACUCUCAAGGCAUAGAGGGCCUGUUCGUGGUUUGGAAUUUAAUUCUCUUUCACCAAACCAUCUUGCUUCUGGUGCUGAUGAAGGUGAAAUUUGUAUAUGGGAUAUAACAAAACCUGGAGAACCCACUCACUUCCCUCCUCUCAAGGGCAGUGGAUCUGCUACCCAGGGUGAAAUUUCUUUUGUAUCCUGGAAUAACAAAGUUCAACAUAUAUUAGCAUCGACCUCAUAUAACGGAACAAUUGUUGUUUGGGACCUAAAGAAACAGAAGCCAGUCAUUAGUUUUUCAGAUUCAAAUAGGCGCCGUUGCUCUGUCCUGCAAUGGCAUCCUGACGUUGCCACACAAUUAGUUGUUGCUUCAGAUGAUGAUAAUGAUCCUUUUCUUAGACUAUGGGAUAUGCGGAACACUAUGUCGCCAGUUAGAGAGUUUGUUGGCCACACUAAGGGUGUCAUUGCAAUGUCAUGGUGUCCUAGCGAUAGCUCAUAUCUGCUAUCCUGUGCCAAAGACAAUCGUACUAUUUGCUGGGAUGUUGUUUCUGGAGAGAUUGUCUCUGAACUUCCAGCUGGAACUAACUGGAAUUUUGAUGUGCACUGGUAUCCGAAGAUACCCGGAGUUAUAUCAGCAUCCUCAUUUGAUGGCAAAAUUGGCAUAUACAAUAUGGAGGCCUAUGGCCGUAAUGGUGUUGGAGAGGGCGAUUUUGGUGCUGCACCACUGAGAGCACCAAAAUGGUACAAGCGUAAAUCUGGAGUGUCUUUCGGAUUUGGUGGAAAACUUGUUUCGUUUAGUUCUAAGGACGGUCCGUCUGGUGGUUCCGAGGUUUAUGUAAAUAACAUGGUUACAGAACAAAGCCUGGCAAGCCGUUCAUCUGAAUUUGAAGCUACAGUAAAGGAAUGGGACAGAUCUUCGCUAAGGCUAAUAUGUGAUAAAAAAUCUCAGGAGUCUGAGUCAAGUGAUGAGAAAGAAACCUGGGGCUUUUUGAGGAUUAUCUCUGAAGACGGGGGAACAGCAAGGACGAAGCUACUUACACAUCUUGGCUUUACUUUACCAGUUGAAGAAAAAGAUAACUUGCAAAAUGAUCUGUCCCAGGAAGUUACUGAUCUUGGAACUGAAGAGAAGGUAGCAAAUCUUGUAGGGUACAAGACGGAUGAUCAUGGAGCAUCUACCCUCCUAACUGAUAAUGAGGAGGAUUUCUUUAACAAUCUUCCAAGCCCUAAAGCUGAAACACCAGUCUCAACUUCUGGGGAUAAAUUAAAUGUGGGAGUCUCUCUUACCGGUGGCGAGGAGGAAUUGCAACCAGAAAUGGAUGCAGAAGAGGAUGGAAGUUCUGACUCAUCAUUUGACGAGGCUAUUCAACAUGCAUUGGUGGUUGGAGAUUAUAAGAGUGCAGUUGUGCAAUGUGUAUCUGCAAAUAAGAUUGCUGAUGCUUUAGUUAUUAGUCAUCUUGGUGGCUCUUCCUUGUGGGAGAGCACACGUGAUCAGUACCUUAAGAUGAGCCGCUCUCCUUAUUUGAAGAUUGUCUCUGCAAUGGUGAGCAAUGAUCUGACCAACCUUGUGAGCACUAGGCCUUUGAAAUCCUGGAAAGAGACUCUCGCUCUUCUUUGCUCUUUUGCUGCGAAAGAGGAGUGGACUUUGCUUUGCAGUGCACUUGCUUCUAGGCUUAUGACUGCAGGCAAUAUUCUGGCUGCUACUCUCUGUUACAUAUGUGCUGGGAAUAUUGAUAAGACUGUAGAAAUAUGGUCUUGGAAUCUUAGCAGAGAGCUUGAAGGGAAAUCUUAUGUUGACCUUUUCCAGGACUUGAUGGAGAAGACUAUUGUUUUUGUUUUGGCUACUGAGCAAAAGCAAUAUAGUGCUUCUUUGUGCAAGCUUGUUGAGAAGUAUGCUGAAAUCUUAGCAAGUCAAGGACUUUUAUCUACUGCUAUGGGAUAUUUGAAACUAUUGGGAUUGGAAGAAUUAUCGCCUGAACUCAGGGUUCUGCAAGAGCGAAUUGCCAUGUCUAUUGAGAAUGAUAGAGAAAUUCCCAAGCCUGUCCAGCCUGAGUACCAUCCAUCACAGACUCCAACUGGGUAUGGUGGCGUUCAGUCAAAUUUUGGUGCGAUGAACUCUUCUCAAUAUUAUCAGGAAUCAGUGCCAUCCCACAUGCAGAGUGUUCAAGACAAUUCUUAUGUUAAUAGCUAUCAACAAGUUCCUAGUGCUUCAUAUGGUAGAGGAUAUGGGGUGCCUGCUCCGUAUCAGCCUGUGGCACAAACUCCAAUGUUUCCAUCGCCUGCAUUACAGGAGUCACAGAUGCAAUUUGUGCCUCCACCUGCCAAUAAUCCACCAGCUGUCAAAACUUUCAAUCCUGCACAACCCAUGACAUUAAGAAAUGCUGAUCAGUAUCAGCAGGCGCCAACAUUGGGUUCUCAGUUAUAUCCAGGGACUGGAUUUCCUAAUUAUACUACUGGUCCUUCUGGUGACGGUUCACUGGGAUCCAUCCCAUCUCAAUCUGGUCCGAUCCAGGGUCACAAAAUGCCUCCUCAGGUCUUCACUCCUGGAUCUGCACCACGGGGAUUUGUGCCAGUUGCAAAUUCUGGAGUACAAAGACCUGUAAUGAGUCAAACACAAUCGUCUAGCCCAGCUCAGUCAGCUGUGGUGCCACCUGCCGCAGCUCCUGUAGCUCCAAUAGCGACAGUACAGACAGCUGACACUUCAAAAGUUCCUGCUCAUCUGAGGCCCGUAAUUGCAACUUUGACCAGACUCUUUAACGAAACAUCGGAAGUACUCGGGGGACCAAGAGCUGUGCCUGCUAAAAAGCGUGAAAUAGAGGACAACUCCAGGAAAAUAGGUGCUUUGUAUGAAAAGCUUAACAGGGGAGAUAUAUCGAAAAAUGCUGCUGAAAAGCUUGUCCAUAUUUCCCAAGCAUUGGACAAUGGUGAUUUCAAUACUGCUCUCCAAGUUCAGGUUCAACUUACCACAAGUGAUUGGGAUGAGUGCAAUUUCUGGUUAACUGCCCUAAAACGAAUGAUCAAAACCAGGCAGAAUGUCCGAUGAACUGUAAUACAUCAAAUGUUGUGUGCUUAGAAGUCAUUUAUUUCUUCAAGUUCCCCUUAUUCAUUGUGCACAAGAAAAACUUCUUCAGAUCUAGACAAUGGGGGCUGUCUUUUUUUUAGCACAUCUAUCAAACCCUGAUUAAAUUUUACUGGAUUUUUUUUUGUUUUGUUUUUGCUGGCUGUUCAAUUCAUACUUGUAGAAUAAAUAGAUUUUGUUUUUGGGGAAUGUUUUUAUUGAUAAUGUGGUGACUUUUUGGGGGUCUUUUGAGUUGAUAUUCUUUGAUGGUUGUUCCAUUGACUUGUAAUCUGAUAGGUGAUGAUUGACUAUAUAAUAAUGGUUCUGUUUGUGUUA